CGCUGCUCCAGUCACGGUCAUCUUUUCUCUGCUCACCCCUUCAAACAAUGUUAUCUACAUUCUGCACGGCUCUAAAUCCUUCACCGGCUGCUACAUCUGAGUCUUUGGAUUGAUUCUCCCAUCUACAGUUUGCCAUGGCGACGGUGGUGAUGGAGCAGAUUGGUCGCCUGUUCAUCAAUGCGCAGCAGCUGCGUCAGAUCCCUCAGCUGCUGGAGUCGGCCUUCCCCACGCUGCCUUGCACCGUGAAGGUAUCUGAUGUUCCUUGGGUGUUUCGUGAGCGUCACAUCCUCACUGGCUACAGACAGCCAGACCAAAGCUGGCGCUACUACUUCCUCACCCUCUUCCAAAGGCACAAUGAGACCAUCAAUGUGUGGACUCAUCUGUUGGCUGCCCUCAUUAUCUUGGUGAAGUGGCAGGAGAUCUCGGAGACUGUCGAUUUUUUGCGAGAUCCUCAUGCUCAGCCCCUCUUCAUUGUCCUCCUGGCUGCCUUCACCUACCUCUCCUUCAGCGCCCUCGCUCAUCUCCUCUCUGCCAAGUCUGAGCUCUCCUGCUACACCUUCUACUUCCUCGACUAUGUGGGGGUCGCUGUAUACCAGUAUGGCAGUGCCCUGGCGCACUACUACUAUGCCAUAGAGAAAGAGUGGCACACUAGAGUGCAAGGGUUCUUUUUACCUGCGGCAGCAUUCUUGGCUUGGCUUACUUGCUUCGGCUGUUGCUAUGGCAAAUAUGCCAGUCCUGAGAUACCCAAGUUUGUCCUCAAGCUCUUCCAAGUGGUGCCCUCAGCCUUGGCUUACUGUUUAGACAUAAGCCCUGUGGUCCACCGUAUCUACAGCUGCUACCAGGAGGGCUGCUCUGACCCAAUUGUGGCAUACCAUUUCUAUCAUGUGCUCUUUUUCCUAAUCAGCGCCUAUUUCUUCUGCUGCCCUCACCCAGAGAGUUUGUUCCCUGGGAAGUGUGACUUUAUUGGACAGGGCCACCAGAUAUUUCACGUAUUCGUGGUGGUGUGCACCCUGACGCAGGUCGAAGCACUGCGAACAGAUUUCACAGAGCGCCGUCCCUUCUACGAGCGUCUUCACGGUGAUCUUGCGCACGACGCCGUUGCACUCUUCAUCUUCACUGCCUGCUGUAGUGCUCUUACCGCUUUUUAUGUACGCAAACGUGUACGUGCCUCUCUCCACAUGAAGGAGGAGUAAGAAUUGAAUUGAGUUUAAAAAAAAAAAGUAAUUUAUUUUAGUCCGUGGUGACCAUUUAAUUAAAAUAAUUCAAAUGUUUUUGUCAAUGGAAGUUAUCAGUUUGUGACAGUGACUUAUGAUUAUUUCUUCUCUGUGAUUUGCCAAACUACUGUAAGUUAUAAAAGUGAUUUAAGGUUGUGUUUUGUGACUUUCACUGAGGAAAAGGGAAUCUCGUAAUUUGUCCGUAGCAAUACAGGUAGUACUUAAACACUGAGUCCUUGCAUCUUUCCUCAGCUCUUUUAUUAGUCUGCAAGGUUUUUAUUUAGUCGUAGUCUAAAGGAAUGUUUUACUUUACCGUACAAAAAUACACAGAAAACUAAAGAGACUGGUUUCUUAAGAUGCCUUUUACCUAAUCAUAUUUAAAAUAAUCUCACUGUCUUAAUCAAAUUGUAGCAUUUCAAAUCAUGCAAGCAUUUCUUUUUACAAUUUGCAGUCCUUUUAACACUUUUUAAAUCGCAGCCAGACACCAGUUCCAAUCCAGUUUAAACAGCUGUUCAAACAGCUGUUCUUACCUAGGUACUUACCUUUCUGACUCUUUCCUUUCUUCUUUUUGAUUCUGCCCCUCUCUUCAGGGAUCAAAGCAGGAUUUUUUUUUUCAAUCUAUCAAGGCGCUAACACUGUACCAUGCAAAUGUUUGAACAUAAUCUGGGAAAGUUAAAAACCCAAUUUCAAAACCAAAUAUUGUACCUCUUUUAAAAAAGAAAAAAAAAAAAAGAACCGUUUUUCUGUGGUGAUACCCUUCUGUUGAAUUAUGUUGAAAAUGAGGCUGGCACUCAGUAUUGGUUAGGAGAUGGAUGCUAGAUUACUGAUGUCUCUUUGUUGUUGUGACAGUGUUAAUCUUUUUUUCAUUCAAAGGGCUGGAACUUCAGCUUUUGCCUUUUCACACCCCAUGAUAUCAGUGCUUUUUCGUGCAUUGUUUUCUUUGUCAGUUAAUCAGAUUCGAGUCACAAUAAGCCGUGUCUGACUGGUGUUCCGCUUUUGGUAUAUUUCGGUUUUGUAUGAUGAAUAUAUAUGUGCCUCUACGCAUGUCUUUUGGUAUAUAUACUGUGGAUAUUAAGUGUGUGAAUGUCUAUGAAAGCUUAGCCUUGCACUUCUUUCUUACCUUGUAAAUAAGCUGUAUUUCUCUAGAAGGUUGUAUCCCCUUUUUUCCGUCUCUAAUAGCAUUCAGCCCUGAAUGCUUUUUUUUUUUUUUUUUUUUUACUGCACACUCCUAUUGUGCUGCAUCCUCUCGUUGUGUUUUAUGUUCGGCGUCCUCCUGCUUAUCAGACCUUAAUGGCUAUGAAUACACCAUUUCAUACUAUUGCACUGUUACUCUGGAGAGUCCCUUUGUUUUUAGUCUUUUUUUAUUUUAAAUCUUUUGUUAAUAUCACACAGAUAUGGCUCACUGGUAAUGUUGCUUUGUUUUCUAUCUCAUGAAAUCUUAAAUGUCAGAACUCUCUGUUCAUGAUGGUGUGUAAUGUGCCAAUGAAUCUGUUAUUUCUUCAGCGAUGGUACUACUGAAAAAUGAAUUCAGAGAAAGAAUGUCACAAGUGACAAGUUGAUUUUAAAUGAUGUCUUGACCUGACUGCAAACAUGCUAUCCUCAAUGCCCCUAAAUAUGAAACUUGUAACUGUUGACUUUAGCGUUACUGACCCGGUCUCAUCGUGCACUGCCUGAAUCAACACUGUACAUACUGUAGCUGACAACACUGGCUAUGUUUACAUGCAUGAAGGUGUCUGCAGUUAAUGCGGUUACUCUGGUUUUGUGUUGACUCUUGGAAAUGUCACAAUUCAGAUUAACCUGGGUGAACCUGUGCUCAGGGUUGCCUGUGCGAAACACCUCCCCUUUUUGUGCAGGGUCUUAAAUUGGUUGGCAACAACGUUGGAACGCUCAUGUGAUUUUUGUAUGUGUAGUCUAAUGCUUCAUCAGAAGGCUGCCUUAUAGGCUAAUGAUAUCCAAUUGGCAAAUGAAGCCUCUAAGACUCUCACUAGCUUUGCCUAACACAAGGUUAUUGUCCUGAUCAUCAAAAGUUAAAACCGGGGUUGUAAUGUAUUUCCCGUGUGUUACAGGUAACUCAGUAUUGCUCAAACAGGGAGAGAACAGCUGGAAAGUUACCAGUGUUUUUGGCUAAAUAUAUUGUUGCAACAUAGAUGCUCUGUCACAGAUGAUCUAAGUUGCACGCCAAUUAAACCUGACUAAAGGCCAGUAUAUGCUUCGGCAGUAGAAUCGAUGCUGUACGUAUGACAUUUUACGUGUGUACCCUACACCGUAAAAUGUAACUACACAUUGCGAUGAUGCAGACCACAACAACUGUGAAUGAUCCACUUGGAAGCUUGUCUCUCAGUAGCCAGAUGAGUACAUAAAAUUCACUCUCUUUCUGCCUCAGUCAGUUCAAUGGUUGUACACACCGUCUUCUCUGAAGUCCAACUCCAAAAUGAUCUGCUCAGUCACAGUGGCACAGAAACUCUACUGCCAACUGGCGUUUUGGCAGCUCUAUUGCAGAGCGAUAAAGACACACCAGCACACAAGAAUAAAUGCUCACAAUGGCAUAGGUACUGCGUCAAAUCCUGCGCAGAAGCAUAAACCGGCCUUCAGAUCUUAACUGGAAAAUGGCCAGCAGUGUGUGUGUGUGUAUGUGUAUGGUUGUGUGGACAAAGUGUGGUUUGGAACCACUGUUGUGAGGACAUUUUGGUUGGUCCUCACAAUUUUAAGUGGCUGUUUGAGAGUUAAGACUUGGUUUUAGGGUUCAGGUUAUCUUAUUUGUCCUGGUUAAGGUUAGGGUUAGGGGCUAGGGAAUGCAUUAUGUCAGUGAGUGUCCUCAGAAGGUUAGAGGUACAAAAGUGUGCAUGUGUGUGUGUAAACGUAGCCUCUGAUGCCACCCAAGGUUUCCCUUGUCCCUUUAUGAAAGCAGGGUGAGAGGGACCAGAAUGUCUCCUGCCUCUAAACCAUGUGUGGCUGACUGUAUUAAUAUUCUGUGGUAUUUAAGAAAAUAAAAG